UUUAGCUACCAUCAUUCUGUUUUCUGGCUGUUUCAGCAGCACUGUUGAGACUCUUGUUUUUAGAAGAUAUUCAAUUGAAUCUUUAACGUCUACGGUAAUAAGUUCGCAAGCCAAGAAAUAUAGUGAAAUAACCACCUGUGGUUUUCCGUUAUAAUCGCAUUUAAUACAACACCCAAGUGCAACGCAAACAGUUUAAGCGCGAGUUUUUGUUCCCCCUCCACUUUGAAGCUCACACCUUAAAACUUGUUUUGAGUUUACCAAGUAGAGCGAGGUGUUUGUGCGUUUGUGUAUACAUACAAACAAAUGUAAAAGUCUUCAGAAAUUCCAGCACAAAUUGCACUGCUGAACUAAGUGCAUUGCUAAUUGGAGAUAUUUAAAUGAUAUAAUUUAAUUUCGAAAACUCGUAACAAAUCACAGCCAUUCAAAAUGGCACUGUGCAGUAUGCCGGGCAAGGGGAACAACCGCGAUCGCAUCCGGGAUCCCCGGGAGGAGAUUCUGCUCGAGACGAACUUCGAGGACGACGGCGGAGUCCUGACGCGCGCAUACAAUGGAAAUCCGUACAAUCCGUCCAUCCAGAACCGUCGGCGUAAUUCGUACCGCUCGGAUCACUCCUUGGACAGGUACACAGAGCGCGGAGGCGAAGGAGAAUGCUGCCAAUCAUGCAUGGCGCGUAUUCCGUACGCCACUCUGAUAGCCACUCUCAUGUGCCUGCUGGGAGUCGGAAUUUUCUGCUUUACCAUGUACCGAGGGGCCUCACUUACCGUUAUUAUGGUUGACCAGGUCUUUCACCUGCGCCUGAUAUGGAUCGAAGCGGUGCAGAUGAUAUUUGUAAUAAUCGGAGCGGGUAUGGCGGCCCUCGGAUUCAUGAUUCUAUUCGUUGGAUUUUUAGCCACCGGAGCCACCAGAUAUAAAGUUUACAGGGCGUGGCGAUCACGAGUGGGCGGUCGGAUCUCGUGCGCAGUCCUCAUGGGGAUAACCUACCUGCUAAACUUUGUCUGGAGCCUGAUCCUGUGUUUCCUAGUGGUGGUAACCUUCAUUUACACAAUGUUCUGGAAUAUGUGCUCGAGUGUGGAGCACUCUCAGAGCUGCAUUGAUUUGACACAAUUUCAUUUCAUGUUUCCACCAAACACGAAACUCGAGGAUAUGAAGGUCUGCGAAAAGUAUGAGAUCAAGGCUUUUUGCAAGGACGGCGUGGAGAACGCAGAGGUCAUGUUCAUAUUGGCCACCCUGUCCACCCUUUUGGUACUGCUCAGUCUGGUCCAUUAUCUGAUGUGCCUGUCUGCCAAUUAUGCCCACAUUCGGGACCACGAGAAGUUCCAGGAGCUGCAGGAAAUCCAAAACCUUAACGAGCUGGAGUACAGUGCUACAUCGAAGGAUCGAUUCUAGGACAUAUUUCAGAAGAUUCAAUUUGAGCUUAAAGAAAAGUCCAGCGCUGUUUGAGCGAUUCACGCACUAUACAACGAAAAGUGAACAGAAUUCCAUCGAACAUUAACAAGCUAUAGUUAAGAUUUUGUUUAGACCUAAGAUUAAUGUUGACUUUGAAUUUUAGCAUGUUCAUUUAAUGAGUUAGUAACUUCAACUAUUAUUUAUGUUCAAACAUCUUUAUAUAAGUAAGCAGUCCUUCAGUAACUGCCAAAUGGAAUGAUCCCACUGAUAUGAUGCUUUUUUAAUUCUGCACUCUUACUAAAAUUUAUUUUCCGUCCAUUACGUUAAGUUAGCUUAUAUUUAUCUUUAUUUUUCUGUUCUUCACCUUGCAAAUAAUAAAUACAUACAUACAUAAAAGACAAAUGCUUACGCUCAAAUUGCUUCUUCUGAAUUGCUGAAUGCAUUUUAUUAAAAUACGAAUACGUUAGUUAAUCGCAACUUAUCAUUAUAUAGUGUAAUCCAUCCGUGCAUGAUUAUCUUUCAAAUCUGUACAAGAAACUACGUUUACAAUUUUAAAGCAAUACAAAUCCUGCCGUAGUAUUUUGUAAAUGCGGCAGCAGCAGAUUGGCUAAGUAUAAAUAUAUUUAUCUUGUAUUUAAUAUAAAUACGUCAGUAAUAUUAAUAUAUUUUAUACUACAAUUUUCUAACCUUACACUUAUACAAAAAGGUAGGAUAACAAAAAAGUGUUCACACGAAAUUUUUUAAGCAUUGAAUAAAAUACUUGAGGUUAAUCAAC